GCAGGUAACAAAUGUUUUCCUAACCUCUGUCACCCGGCCGCUCAAAGGCCGCUAUAAUGAAUGAUAACUUAAUGGGUUGCGCCGGCUCGCCUCCUGCGAGGUUUGCCCCUUUGGACUGGAAUGGUAAUCCUCGAAAGUCUAGUUAAAGUUCACUGGGGGUUUGUAACGAGCCCAGUCAUGGUUGCACUGCAAAUAAUCCGUGAGCGGACAGAGAGGACUAGAGCUUGGCCGAGGUUUGUGCUUCAGAGGUAAACUUCAUGACGCAGGAUCAGCGUUCUGGCCGGAGGAGGCGACGAGUUGCUAAAUGUUUGGCGUCGACCAUCUUGGCUUUUUGGAGCCAGAAGGGACCGAAUUUGGAUGAAAAUGUCAGAAGGUGGAUCUGAAUGAGAAACCAAAGACGCACCUUUAAGUCCCGCCAGGCCUCCAUCCUCCAUGCCUGCUUCCCCAGGCUUCACUCGACUGGAACAGAAUGAACCUAUGAACAAUCUGCGGAUCUCUGUCGGAGGCCUACCCAUGUUGGCUUCCAUGGCCAACACGACGGACCCUCGCUUCCGCCUUAAGUGGAAGCCCAUUGUGGCGGUGGCGGUCUCGCUCAUCUUGCUCCUUCUCCUCAUGCACUUGAGCUCGGGGAUGCGCUCCCACUCCUACAGCUCACACGGCUGGAGAGCCGGUCACAGUGACGGCCAGCAUUCCGAUUCCGAUUACAACAACACCUACCCUCUCAGUCCACCCGAGCGCACACCGCUGGGCACCCGCUACCGCAUUGGAAUCAUCGCCGACCUGGACACAAACUCUCGCAGUGACAAGAAGCUGACGUGGUUCAGCUACAUGCGGCGGGGUUACCUGUUGGUGUCCCAAAGUGGUGACAAGCUUGCAGUUGAAUGGGAUGAGGACAGGGUGGUGCUGGAAAGCCACCUGGCGGAGAAGGGUAGAGGUAUGGAGCUGUCGGAGCUGGUGGUGUUCAACGGGAAGCUCUACAGCGUCGAUGACAGGACGGGCAUCGUCUACCACAUCGACGGUGACAAAGCUGUUCCGUGGGUCAUCUUAACUGAUGGCGACGGCAACGUUGCCAAAGGGUUCAAAGCUGAGUGGCUGGCAGUGAAGGACAAGCACCUGUAUGUCGGUGGUCUGGGGAAGGAGUGGACCACGACUGAAGGCGUGUUCGUCAACAACAACCCAGAGUGGGUGAAAGUAGUGGGCUUCAGAGGGGAUGUGAAACACGAGAACUGGGUUCCCAAGUACAAUUCCCUGAAGUCUGCUGCAGGGAUAGAGCCUCCAGGGUAUCUCAUCCACGAGUCAGCAGCGUGGAGUGACUCCCUGCAGCGCUGGUUUUUCCUCCCCCGCCGCGCCAGCAAGGAGCGCUACGAGGAGACGGCAGACGAGCGUCGCGCCACGAACCUCGCCCUCAGCUGCUCGCCAGAUUUCAAAGACAUCAUUGUAAGCCGAGUGGGUCCUCUUAACCCCACUCACGGUUUCUCCUCCUUCAAGUUUGUCCCCAACACGGACGACCAGAUCAUUCUGGCUCUCAAGUCGGAGGAGGAUGCCGGGAAUAUUGCGACUUACAUCAUGGCCUUCACACUUGACGGACGCAUCCUUCUGCCUGAAACCAAGAUCGGGGAUGUGAAAUAUGAGGGCUUGGAGUUCAUAUAGACUGAGAGACUUGCUCUUGAGGCCAUUGCACUGUCCUUCUCUUUUGUUUACAAUCCAGUCUCAUCCAUGGUAACUGAACUCGCUGUUUUCUUGGCAAGUUUGUAAAGGACACAACUCCAACCAGUAAAGGAUCAUGUUCAGUAGAAAUGAAACAACAAUGGGCUUUCUGAGACUGUAAAUCACAGUCCUGGUUUUGAGAAAUUUCUAGUCGAAACAGACAAAGACAGCAUGUCUGGUGGUGGCUCUUUUUCUUCCUGGGGCCAAAUUUAGCCCUGAACAGCACUGUAGCCUUUCUUAUAAUGAAUGUACAAAAUAUUGAUUCACCAGACUGUGAUUUUUUUAUUUUUCUUUCCUUGAAACAUACAUUUUCAUGCACAUACACUCUCAAACUCUCACACUCACACUCUCAAAAGCUCAAGGUUCUUAACCCUUUGCUCCAUGUUAAACAUCAUUCUGUACAUACCGAACAUGUUGAGGCCUGUUUUUAUUCUGCAUAGAUCUCAUUAUUUGAAGGACAUUUUGGUGAAGAAUGAGAUAAUGAAUAAUAUUGUAUGUAAUGUUUUUUGGUGGGAUGAGUAAAACCUUGAUUCUUA